CCAGUAUCCAAUAUCAGAUAAAGUUUUAUCUGAACUUGAAAGGCUAUUUGCAGAAGUUACUAUUGAAUACAUUACAAAUAAUAUAAAUGAUAGCAAAUUUGAAGAUUUAAAUAGUGCAAGAGAUAGUGAAUAUGAAAAGUCCAAAGCAGAAAGAAGUAUCGAAUAUAUUACAAAUAUUGUAAAUGAUAGUAACUCUGAAAAUUCCAAUAACGCAAAUGAUAGUAAAACUGAGAAUUUUAACAACAUAAAAAAUGAUAAGUUUAAAGAUUCCAAUGAAAUAAAUAGUAAUCAAGUAAAUGAUGUCUUUAACGUCGCUGCGAGUGAAGGUUCGUUAGAAGAUUCAAUUGAUAGUAUAUCAUAUAGUUUAAAUUUGUGA